UGACAGUCAAUGUCAAAUCGUGAGUAUCACGAAAUCGCAGGAAUUUUUAUUUUGUUAAUUUGUUUUUCGUUUUCUCAUAGUUUUAUCACUUUAGUCGUUGGAUAUGGAGGAGGAUCGUCUCUUUGACGAACGAGUCUCAAUAAGAGAAUCUGCUCGUCCUUUAAAAAAAUACGGAAGUACGUGUAAUCAUAUGAAGAGGAACGAGGAAUACAUAAAGCACAUAAUGACUAAAGGGGAUACGUUACAAGGCAUAGCUCUAAAAUAUGGUGUCACAAUGGAGAAAAUACGACGAGCAAACCGCUUAUUCGCCUCAGACAGUUUAUUUUUAAGAGAGUAUUUAUUAAUUCCUGUGACCAAAGACUCUCCCUUCUACGAGAAUGGUGAAAGAGUAACAGAAUUGGGUCCACCCACUCACCGAGCUUCAAUAGCGGGGAUGCCCACAAACGACUUCUCCCCUGGAAGCCCGGAUGAGAAGGAGACUUUUGAUAACUUCCUAAAUAGACUAGAUUCAUCUAUUGCGAGUAUCAAGAAACAUGUAGAAAAAACUAAGGAGAAUAGCGAGUUCGUGAAAGACCUGGAGCAGAGCUACCCGCGGUCGCGGCCGACGGCGCGGCUGCGGCAGUCGGCGUCGAUGGGCGCGUCCACGUCGUACAACGAGGUGGUGCCGCCGCCGCUGCCGCCGCCGCCGCUCACGCAGGGCCGCCGCGUCGACCGCUCGCUGCGAUGCCUCGAGCAGGUGCACGACGACCUGUUCCAGUUGUAGCGCCCGCGGCAGCGCAGAUAUGCGCGUCUACAAUGAGCUGAGCCGUGCUGUGAUAGCAGGGUCACGGCCGCUCUAGUUACUGACCACCCGUGUACAUAGGUCCGUAUGUAUAGAACGUUUUAUAUUUAACCAUAGUUUAUAUAAGAGUAUGCUUUACGCCAUGGUCUGUUUGUAAUAAAUAUCUUUUUAUUUA